AUGACAGAGGUAAAGACAGCCGGCCUCAUCUUCAUCUGUUUUUCAAUGCUUCACGGUUUUGUUGCAGCAUUGAACUGCUCCAGCCCAACUCCUAAAUCGUUGUUUGAUGCACUUGAGAAGGAACUAUUUCCUAGAAAACUACUGCGACCUGUAAAAAGCUUUUCAGAUACAUUGAACGUAACCAUCUCUAUGACUUUGGUUGGAAUUAUAGGAGUGAAUGAAAAAGCCCAGUCCUUGACAACACUCCUAUGGCUACACUCGGAGUGGCGUAUAGAUGGACUGAGCUGGGAUGAGAAGGAAUGUGGAACUACAAGAGUCUCUAUCCCUCGAGGAAAGCUUUGGUACCCAGACAUCCAUAUGACAGAGUUCAUGGAAGAGGACAAGUCUCCCAAAGCUCCCUUUGUCUACCUAUACAACACAGGUCACGUUUAUGAUCAUAACCCGAUGAGAGUGGUCAGCUCCUGCCAAUUACUAAUCUACACUUUCCCCUUCGAUGUCCAAAACUGCUCUCUGACCUUUGAAUCACAUCUACAUUUUGUGGACGACAUCAGGUUGUUUCAAGGCAAGACACCUACAGAGGCCCUGAAUGAAUCCAGACACGCGCUACAGACCAGAGGGGAGUGGGAGCUUGUAGAUAUCGAAAUAGGUUCAAAUAUCCUGGAAAUAAAUGCUGGCAGCUACUCUGGGAUCAGAUACUAUAUAAUUUUGAGACGCAGGCCAGUCCUCUACGUGGUGAACCUCCUGAUCCCCAGCUGCUUCCUCCUCACAAUGGACCUCUUCAGCUUCCUGCUGCCUCCCCACUGCGUGGACCGUUCCUCCUUCAAGAUGACCCUCAUCCUGGGCUACACCGUCUUCCUGCUCAUCAUGAACGACCUGCUGCCUGUCACUGGGGAGCUGGCAACACCUCUCAUGAACGUUUUAUUCUGCAUCAGUCUCGCUCUGAUGGUGGCCAGCCUGUUGGAGACCAUUUUUAUCACUAAUAUCCAGUUCAGCUCCAGCCAGUACAGUGCGGCGCCUCACUGGCUCAGUGUCCUCGUGCUACGAUAUCUAGCUGUUGUCGUUUGUAUCCCUCCAAAAAAGAAGAGCAACCGCGUCACAGUCUGCCUUCGACCACCUGCUAGAGCAAUGAAUACCAGCAUCAUCGAGCAUCUUAAGAGUGUUUCUGGUGAUAUACCACCGUUGAAACCCACGGCCCUGGAUGAACUGAGGAAGAUGAGGAGUAAUCUCACGGCCAUCCGCCUCCAGAUAGACAAACACGUCCAGGGGAGCAAAACCUCGCAGGAAUGGCAAAUGAUCGGGAUAGUCAUUGACCGUCUGCUGUUUGGCUUGUAUAUUGUCUUCAUCUCAGUCUGUGUUAUCAUCAUCAUAUGUCUCUGGAGCUAG